AUGGAAUGGAGCGAAGUUGUUUAUCACUUGGUAGAUCCAAGUCCAUGGCCUAUUUUGGGUUUACUCAGAGCUUUGGCAAUCACAGUUGGAGGUGUUAUGCACAUGCACUCAUUCAUGAGGGGUUCAACACUCCUCAAUUUGGGCUUGAUCUUCAUCCUAUAUACCAUGUUUUUACAGUGGCACGAUGUGAUACGUGAAUCCACGUUGGAGGGACAUCACAUCAAAAUCAUACAAUUCAAACUUCAAUAUGGUUUUAUUCCAUUCAUCAUAUCGGAGGUCAUGUCCCCCUUCAUUUUCUUCUGGGCUUUUUUCCAUUCCCCUUUGGUGCCUGCAGUAGAAAUUGGAGGUCUCUGGCCCCCAAAAGGGAUUGGGGUUUUGAAUCCAUGGAAAAUCCCUUCUCCUAAUACACUUAUUCCCCUUUCAUUCGGAGCUACCUUAACUUGGGCUCAUCAUGCUAUACUCGUGGGGAAGGAGCGACAAGAAGUUUACGCUUUAGUAGUCACCGUUUCACUGGCUCUAGUACUCACUGGGUUCCAAGGAAUGGAGUAUUCUCAAGAACCUUUUGCUGUCUCAGAUGGUAUUCACGGUCCUACAUCCUUCUUAGCAUGA